GCUACCGAGUGUUUCUGGUGAUUAUUUAAGUGGCGUUCAGACAAAGACAAGAGAAGGUUCAGCUGACAAGCUAAAUGGCCUCCUGGGUUUGUACAAGCCAGUUGUUCCUGGUUGUUCUGUUCAGCUGGAGUGUCCACACUGUUCCUGUUCAAAAUGACUUGGGACAAUCUCCUGGGAGAACUGGGAAGGUGAAUCCUGGACUCCGAAAUGCUAAGACUGAAGGAUCCCGUCCAAUGUCUUCUAAUCCAGCUGGUACUUCUGUAUCCUGGGUGGUUGCUAGACCCCAACGCAAAAGCUCAUUUGUGCGACCCUUCAAUCAAAUGCAACCUGCGGCCUCUCUAGUGCCUAACCCUCCCAAACUCCUUCCUCCUCUGAAACCAGAAGGACCUGCUAGUAUAUGGUCAAUUGAAGUGCCACAGGAGCUUCCCCCCCCUGCUUCUGAUCCUGGAGGCCCUGUGGCGUCGCUGCCAGUUGCAUCUGAGCCGGAGCUUGAACACCAUCCAAAACUACAAAAUCCUUUUGAUAUUCUAGAACUCACUCCUCCUCCCCCUCAAAACCCUAAAGAGUCUGCAGUUUCAAUUGUUGACCCUCCUGAAAGUCUUCCUUUGCCACUUUCAAAUCCAGAAGGUCCUGAGGUCUCGUGGCUGGUUGACCCUGCAAAGGAGCUUCCUUCCAAUCCUGAAAUGCCUCUGAUCCCCUGGAAAGUUGGCCAUCCUAAAAAUGUUCCCCCUCCUCCACCAGUUCUAAAAAGGUCUACAGCUAACUGGUUGGCUGAUCGUGUGAUAAAGGCUCAAACCCUCCCUAAUACCAAAGGCACUGAUACUCCAACAAAAGUAGUUGCUCAUCCACCAACCUCAGAGGGUGCUGCUGUAAGAUGGGUGGUUCAACCUCCGAAAAGGAACUUGCUGCUUCCAAGUCCAGAAAGAGCUGAUCCUUCGGGGUUGACCACUGAUGAGCAUGAAAGCGACCCAUUCAGGGCUGCUGUUGCACAACUCGGUGAACUGCCUCUGGAACGCUUUGCCUCUUAUCUUCCACCCACACCUGACCUCAACCUUCCACCUGUUGCCUCAGAAGACGCUUCUCUUUUGAAAGGAGGCCCAGAGCAAGAAGUAUCGGAGAGUGAAACUGAGCCCCUUGCAUAUCAAGAAUCCUCUUAUCAGGGUGGCGAGUUAAGCCACUACGCCUCCCUGUACGAACAUGGGGACUUGGAGCAUGAAACGGAAGACUAUGUCAUUCUAAUGUACCCUUACGGUGCAGGAUGGAUGCCAAUUGGAGUUAUGCCACUGAACCAGGUUGUUCUGAAUAUGUUUUACUUGUGCUUGACUGAGCAGCUUCCUCAUGGUACUGUUUCACACAUGCAGACAAACUAUGAGGCUGGCGAAGACCAUGCAACUCAAGUUGGCUAUGAAAAAUACCCCUUCCCUGGAGGGCCCUGGUAUCGACAGCCAAGCUAAGGUUUUUAGCUAGCAGUUGUAGGCUUACAGAAAAGCCAACUAUAAAGUUCAGAUUUAGACAAUUGAGGGUUAAAGGCAGCUACAGCAAUUUCUGCAGUUUACACCCAUGGUCUUGACUUGAAGUGGUUUAAAACUUGUAAUAAAGGGUAAAAAAAAAGCAA